AUGUCCUUCUCUACCGUUAAUCAGAGCGCGCAGGCUGACGCACCGCGCCCUCCUACCUCUAGCCCUCUCGUCCCGUACUCCGGUGUCCCUCCUCCCGCUUCUGGCAGCAUGAAGGAUCUCUCUUCCUCCUCGCGCAGCUCCCGCUACAACGCGCUCGCCGUCAAGAAGCGCCCAUCACCACACGGCAUCCAGAAGCGCAAGUACGCCUCGCCUGCCACCGCCGCCCCCGCCCAUGGUCACUCUCCGCGCGCCCGACUCGAAGCCGCACUCCGCCGCCAGCGUGAGCAGCAGCUCGUCGCGUGGAAGAGGGAGGGUAUCUACCUGGAGGAGGAGUACUUUGAGGAGAUCCAGCUGUUCUUGCAUGACAUGGAGCGACAGACCAUGGGCUCGACCUCAUCAAUGGACCAACAACCGGAGAUCAAAUGGCAUAUGCGUCCCUGCCUCGUCGACUUCCUCGUCGAGCUGCACUUUACCUUCCGCUUAAGGCCAGAGACGCUCUACCUGUGCCUGAACAUCAUCGACCGUUACGUCUCCCGCCGCAUCGUUUACAUCAAGCACUACCAGCUUGUCGGCUGCGCGGCGCUGUGGAUUGCUGCGAAAUUCGAAGAUGCAAAGGAGCGCGUACCCUCGGUAGAGGAGCUCGUCCACUAUUGUCGCGAAACGUACGACGCCUCGGCAUUCAUCCAGAUGGAAGCACAUGUCCUCCAGACCAUCCAGUGGACGCUUGGGCACCCCACAGCGGAGGCUUGGUUGCGCAUGCUCUGCUGUUCUCCGGCGCCGCAUCUGGAGGAGGCUAAGGUUCAGCACGUCGCCCGGUUCCUCAUGGAGAUCACGCUCUUCUACCGAGAGUUCGUACAAUACACGCCAUCAGCAAUUGCCUUCGCGUCGUUAACGCUCGCUCGCUUCAUCUGCGGCAAAGAGCGGCGCGUGUUUGAAGAGACAGACGAGUGCAUCGAGAUCGUCGAGCAUUUGGAUAACCGCCUCUCGAAGCACGUCAACGACCUCUCGGAGACGCUCAUCAAGAAGUACUCAUACGCAUUCUACUCCAAGGCGGCAACGCUCGUAGUGCAGUACUACCUCCAAGGUGGUCGCUUCAUCCGCCACACAAUCUCCUCUUUGCCCGUCCCGAUGACGCCAGUACGGUCGUACGCGUCCCCCGUACGCACUCCGAUGUCAGCAACAACAACAGCGUCAGACAUGUCCGAUGAGAUGCCAAUUACGCCAACAUCACCCGCAUUCUCGUCUGACUACAUGUCGUCUGUCGCGAUGUCUGACGACAAGGAGAAUAUGUCUUCACCCGGGCGCUUCGAGCCAGUCGUGAACAAGCAGAACGCGGAGAACGUACAGGAGCAAUAUCUACCACACGACUACGUCGCACACCGGCGGAUGGCGCUUCAAUCGUUCAACUCGUCCUCUCCUCGCACGGCGAUGGUCGCAUAG